UUUCCUUAUGUAUUUCUCUUGACCUACAUAUAUUCUUCGAAACCCUAACUUUCAACCCAAGUCAACUCCAAAAUGCAGCCGCGAACAGACAUUUUUAGCCUUCAUAACUACAUAAACUCCUCGGUACCGUCUCCUUAUCCUUCCAGUUUCCCGCUAUCUACGCCAUUUCCGUCCAACGGUCCAAACCCGAACCCUCUCUAUGGUUUCCAAAGCUAUACAAACAAUCCACAAUCCAUGAGCCAAAGCAGUAACAACUCAACAUCAGAUGAAGCAGAAGAGCACCAGACGGAUAACAACAUAAUCAACGAACGUAAGCAAAGAAGGAUGAUAUCAAACAGAGAAUCAGCAAGGAGAUCGCGUAUGAGGAAGCAGAGACACCUUGACGAGCUUUGGUCACAAGUGAUGUGGUUAAGAAUCGAGAAUCAUCAGUUGCUUGAUAAACUUAACAAUCUCUCUGAGUCUCAUGACAAGGUUCUUCAAGAGAAUGCUCAACUUAAAGAAGAAACAUCUGAGCUUAAGGAAGUGAUCAGUAACAUGCAAAUCCAAAGCCCUUUCUCUUGCUUCAGGGAUGAUAUAAUCCCCAUUGAAUAG